CCAGGAAGCCGUCUGUCUUCCUGUCUCUGACAGCCGCGUCAAAGACAAAAAAAAAAAAAAAAAAAAAACUUAAAAAGGCUAAAUUAAAGCUUAAAACCGUCUCCCUCGUCAGAUUCAGAGUCGGACCUUUAAAUAACACUAGCGAUGUCGAAGAACACAGUGUCCGCCCGUUUCAGGCGAGUGGACGUGGAUGAGUACGACGAGAACAAAUUUGUGGACGAGGAGGACGGCGGAGAAAAUCAGCUGGGUCCUGACGAGGCAGAGGUGGACUCCCUCAUCAGACAAGGGAAUCUCAUAGAGGCGUUACAUGCAGUCCUGAAGAACCCACCAAUCAAUACAAAGAAUCAGAACGUCAAGGAUCGAGCUGAAGGUCUAGUGCUGAAGGUCCUGAGUGCCUUCAAGAGCAGCGACAUCGAGAAAGCGGUGCAGUCGCUUGACAAGAACGGGGUAGACCUGCUGAUGAAAUACAUCUACAAAGGCUUUGAGAGACCUUCAGAAAACAGCAGCGCCGUCCUGCUGCAGUGGCACGAAAAAGCUCUGGCUGCAGGAGGCGUGGGCAGCAUCGUCAGGGUACUAACGGCGAGGAAAACGGUCUAACAGCAGAGCGUAGAGGCACGUCACAUCACUGACACGCUGCACUGUUCCUCUACCAGAAGGCAUUGAAGCUGAAAGGAAAACCAGAUUAUUGUUCUUUUUACCCACUGAGAUGCUGAUUUACUUGAGGCAAAAAUGUAGGACUUGAAAUGUGGGUCAGAGUGGGUUUGAAAGCUGAUUUUCUUUUUUUCCUUCUUUUUCAGUCAUCACAGCCUAAAGUCCUCACAGGGUGCUAAAAAUACCUUCCUUCUACAUCUAUGUGCUGAUUCCUUUCCACCAGUGAUGCCCAACUCUGAGAUCAGUGUUCAUAAAAAGCGGGGUACCUCUGCAUUUUAGCA